AUGAGACUGCAGCUUCAAAACCCCGGACUAGAUAACAGGAUACUUUCAUAUGAAGAUCUGAAAAGAAUAGAGAAGGAGGAGGCUGAGGACAGGCCAAAAUGGGACAACAAAGCUCAGUACAUCCUCACCUGUGUGGGCUUCUGCAUCGGGAUAAGCAACGUGUGGAGAUUUCCUUACUUGUGCCAAAGUAAUGGAGGAGGUGCGUUUAUGAUUCUCUAUUUGAUCCUGCUGGUGCUGGAGGGAAUGCCUCUGCUGCUGAUGGAGUUUGCCAUCGGCCAGCGUCUCAGGAAAGGCAGCGUGGGAGUUUGGAGGGCCAUCCACCCUUAUUUGACUGGUAUUGGUAUUGGGUCUAUGCUGGUGUCCUCAUUGAUUGUUCUGUACUACAACACCUUAAUAGCCUGGAUCAUGUGGUAUCUCUUUAAUUCCUUUCAAAGCCCACUGCCGUGGUCCCAGUGCCCUCUCAAUGAAAACAGGACAGGCUUUGUCCCAGAGUGUCAGAGGAGCUCAACUAUGGAUUACUACUUUUACAGAGUGACUCUGAAUAGCACACCCUCUAUAGCGGACUCUGGUGAGAUUCAAUGGCCCAUAGUAGUCUGCCUGAUAGCAGCCUGGACAAUCCUCUGUAUCUGCUACAUACGGGGGAUCAGCACCUCAGGCAAGGCGGUGUACAUCACAGCCAUCCUGCCCUACAUCGUGCUGGCCAUCUUCCUGGUCAGAGGGCUGACUCUCAAAGGAGCACUGAGUGGAAUAAAACACCUUUUUACACCUGAUGUUGAUAAACUGACAAGUCCAACGACUUGGUUGAAUGCUGGUGCCCAAGUGUUUUAUGCCUUUGGUUUGGGAUGGGGGGGACUCAUCUCCUUCUCAAGCUACAACCCCAUCCACAACAACUGCAUGAGAGAUGCUGUGAUCCUCACAGUAGUAACCGGCCUCACUUCAAUCUAUGCAGCUGCAGUCACCUAUACCAUCAUUGGCUUCAGGGCCACAGAGAGAUAUGAUAACUGUAUAAGCAAUAACAUCCUGACGCUAAUAAACGCAUUUGAACUUCCUGAAGAAAGCAUCACGACGAGCAACUACAAGGAAGCUCUGAUUAAUCUGAACAGCUCCUAUCCUCACAUAGUCCUUGGACUGGGCAUUGAAACAUGUGACCUUCAGAGAAAUCUCAAUGAGGGAGUGGAGGGAACUGGUCUGGCCUUCAUUGUGUUUACAGAAGCCAUCACAAAGAUGCCUGGCGCCCCAGGCUGGUCUAUCCUCUUUUUCAUGAUGCUUCUGUGCUUGGGAGUCUCAAGCCUUUUUGGAAGCUUUGAGGGUGUGGUGGUCCCACUGAGAGAUCUCAGUUUAUUUCCUAAAAAAUGGCCCCAAGAAGCAGUAACAGGGGUAACAUGUCUAGUAGCCUUCGUCAUUUCCCUCCUCUUUGCAACACAGUCGGGGCUUUACUGGGUAACUCUCUUCGACAACUUUGCUGGAUCUAUUCCACUUCUUAUCAUCGGAGUAUUUGAGCUGAUAGUUGUUGUCUACCUCUACGGCAUUGACAGGUUCAAUGAGGACAUCAAGUUCAUGAUUGGAUAUAAGCCCUCCAUCUUCUGGCAGGUUUCAUGGAGGCUGACCAGUCCUCUUGUCAUUCUAGCUAUUUUAGUUUUCUAUCUGGUUAACCAAGGCCAAGAAGACCUCACCUACCUAGUCUGGGAUCCCAGCUAUGAGAAGUUCCCAUCCCUGGCGUCAGUGCCGUACCCUUCAUGGAUAAAUCUGGUCAUCUUUAUUUUGGCAGGAAUCCCUGGUCUUGCUGUGCCCGCGUACGCACUUUAUAGGCUGGUCCUUGUGAGGUGCAGAAAAAAAUAG